AUGACGCCCUCCGACAUUGGCGGAGCCAACACCGGGUCGAGCCUGGGCAACCGACCCGGCUCAACUUUUGGGGAAAAAAAAAUCCCCACCGCAUCCUCGCUCCCGACGCCCCGUCCCCGACCUAAAAUUCCCCAACCCGCUCGCUCCCGCACGGCCGCACGCGCCGCCGAGCUCGCUGGCUCCCGCCGCCGGCCGCCCUCGGCUGCUCCCGCCGCCCUCGCGGCCUCGGCUGGCUCCCGCCGCCCUCACUCGCUCCCGCUACGCGCCGCCCCGUUCCCUGCUCGCCCGGUUCCGCCGCCCGUCCGGCCGUCUCGACCGCCGCCGCUGCCGUCCGGCCGUCGAUCUGCUCGCCCCGCCCAUCUCCAGUCUCCACGGCGCUGCAGCACCGCCGCCCGUCCUCUGCUCGCCCCGUUCCCGACCGCCGCCCCUCCUCUGCUCUCCCCCGCCACACACCGUUCCCGUCGGGCAAGGCAGCCCUGUUUGCCUGGAUUGAAGAAGAGGAGGCUGCUGCACUCUCCCUCAUCUCUGUCUGCUUGA